CUCCUCGCGCUUUUGGCGGCGGCGCAGGGAGGCGAGGGCCGCUGGUCUGGCUUCUGGCAGGCGUGGGGCUGGAUGGCCCAGGCGGCUGUCGAGGACCUCGACGGUGGUGACGAGGACCUCUGGGAGGCGCCGGAGGCCGACGUGCCCGCGCCCGUGGCGGACGGGCCCGUGCCGAUCGUCCCGCUGGAGGUAGCCCAGGGCAAAUGCUACUGCAGCACGGGCUACACGGCGGGCGGCCUCGAGCAGUGCCGGUUCGCGUGGCGGGCGCUGCGUGUUACCAGCGCGGAGCCGCCGCAGCGCUUCGUGAGGGCGGAGUUCCUCUUCAGCGACGACGGCUACUGGGACUGGUGGGCAAGCCACCCUGGGCAGCCGAGCGCGGUGACGGCGCGCCCGCUCAUCCACGUGUGCUCGGAGAGCCCGUGCUCCGUCGAGGAGGGGCCGGGGACGUGCACCGAGCUGAUCCACGUGGCGGACGGGGCCGAGCUCGGCCUGACGGACCUGCGGGCGCUUUUCGCCGAGUGCCAGGAGGUGAAUCCAGAGGCGGCUUGGCCAGCAGCACGCCUCGGGGCGCUGGUCGCCGCCGCCGCCCCCGCGAGGCCCGCCGCGGUGGCCAAACCGGCGGGGCGCCCACCAGCCGCGGCAGGUCCUCUCAGGGCCCCGCCUGGCGCUGCCCCCUUCGACGACUUCCUGAGCGUAGGAGGCUCGUCGCGCGGCCCUGGCUCGGAGCUGGCCGCAGAAGAGGAGGCGGCUGCCGCGGGCGGCCUGGGAGGCAAGCUCGCAGGGGCUCGUGCGCGCUUCGAGGAGGGGAAGCGGGCUGCUGGAGACGUCAACCUGGACGGCUUCCCCCUCGGCGCGGAGGCGGCUGGCGAGGGGCCCGCGAAGAGGCGGUCGCUCGGGGACCUGCUGGUCGAGCGCGCCGCGAAGCUCAAGAGGGCCGCCUCCGACGCGGCUCCCCGAGGGUCGAGGGACCCUGCGCCCGAGCGGGCGCCGCCAGGAGCAGGCCUGAACGGCGGCAUGCGGGAGCUCGCGCAGGCGCUCGCGAUGGCCAUCCGCGAGGGCAAGGAGGCCCCACCUGGCGACAUCGGCGGGGGCGGCCUCAGCUCCACGGACCCCGCGGCGGUGCCGCGCGACCUGGCCACGAAGAGGGCCUUCUGUCGUCGGAUGGCCGCCGCCGCCCCGGGCCGCCUCACGGAGCUGAGCCUGCAGCAGAUGGCGGACUUCCUGGGCUCGCAGGAGGGGGAGGCGGCCGUCGACGCGACGGGCCCGAUCGCCCUUCGGCACCUCCUCACGAUCUACCUGCCGCAGCACCCGGUGAAGGAGAUCGGCGCGCAGACGCACCGCGAGCUCCGCACCCUCGCGGAGGCGGUGGACCUGCUGAUGCAGGGGAAGUCGGCCCGCGCCUGCGAUCUGAUCGUCCAACGCCUGAAGGCGCUGCAGGUAGCAACGACGGAUGGCUCGUGGGCGGCGGCGAAGUGGUUGGAGCUGAUCCCGCCGCGCGACGAGCCCACGGCCAUCCGCAGCGAGGAGGAGGAGCUCAUCCGCAGCAUCCAGCUCGGCGAGAUGAAGCUGGACGAGCUCUCCGCGCGGCUGGCCGCCGCCAAGACGCCGGGCUUCCGCGGCGGCUCCGCCAGCGCCCCUGGCAGCGGGCGCGGGCGGGCCUCCUCCGCGGGCCGCGGGGUCGGCAGCCCCGCCGCCGUGGAAGAUGUCCUUCGCGGAGAUGCGGAAGAAGUUCCCGAAGCAGCCGGGGGGGACGAACACCCAGCACCGCCUGCGAGCCUUCAAAGCUCGUGCGGCGGCGCGCCCCCGUCGGACCUGAGCGGCGGCAGCCUGCCGCCUGCUCCGCGCUAUGGUGGAGCCUCCUCCGGGAGGGUGGCCGAUGCCUCCAUCAAAGGCGCGUGCCCUGCGAGAGGCGCUGGAGGGGGAGUCCGCGGCGUGGGCCAAACUCGGUUUACCGAGGGCGGAGAACGUGCCACCCUAUGCGGGGGGGGUGAGGGCGUCGCGGAGCCCCCGCUGGCCACCGCGCUGCAGUGCUGGUCCGACGAGCUCUCCUUCGACUUCGGCAAGAGCAUCGUCGCGGUCGACCUGGCGGCGCGGCUGGUGGCAGCAGUACGACGCCACCCGGGCAGCCUUGGCAACUUCGCUCGGUCGUUCAGCAUGCGUGCGGACACAUUUUGUGGGAGCGGAGGGUCGUCGAACAGGAGGGCUCGGGACGCCCUGCCGCUUCCCCUUCCGUCGACCGAGGAGGUGGACCGCUGGCUGGCCCAUAGCGCCUUGCCCAAGGCACGCAGGUGCCGCCGCCGCGCCGUUGCGCGGGAGGUCAGCGAGCAGGCGUGGCUGUACCUCAGCGCGGUGGCGCUCAACUACGCGUUCUGCGGCCGCGCGCAGGAAGGCUGGCGCCACAGGCCGACCCUGUCGAAGGCGCAGACGCAGGUCUACGUGCACCUGAGGAGCCGAGCGGCGGCCCUGGCGGAGGACCCGCUGGCCGUGGUCAUGGUCCCUGCGAUCGACGAGCUGGCGGGCGGCUGCGGGUCAGCGUACGAGGGGGAGUCGGGCGUGAAGGCCCUCCCCUGCCGGCUCUGCGAGCUGGCCCCUGGCCUGCCCGCGAGGGAGUGCGCUGCCACGCUCGACGCGAUCGACUUCGUGGACGACGAGGUCGGCGCCUGGCUGCGCCGCCCCGAGCUGGCGCUCCUCGACCAGUCCGACUGGCCCGACCCGCUGCCGCGGGCCCGCGUGAACGUGGAGACGGAGGCGGACUGGGAGGAGCUGGCGCUGCACCUCGUGUCGCUCGGCAUCUUCACCACGCUCGCGGAGAGCGCGCUGGUCCGCGUGAGGGGCGAGCCCGUGCUGAACGGCCUGUUCGCGGUGGAGAAGAAGGGCACUCCAGCGCCUGGCGCGACGCGGGUCACCAGGCUCAUCCUCAACAUGGUGCCGGGCAACUCGCUCCUGAAGGCCCACGUCGGCGAGGCGGCGCUGCUCGCGGCCUCGACGUCCUGGACGUCGGUCGUGAUCCCCGAGGGGAAGCUGCUGCUGUGGUCGGGGGACGACCAGAAGGGGGCCUUCUUCGUGUGGCGGGUCCCGCCCGCGUGGCACCCCUACAUGGCCGUGGGGCGGCCGCUCGCGGGCAAGCUGUUUGGCCGCUCGGUGCCCGUCGUCUACGUGACCUCGGCGGUCAUCGCCAUGGGCUGGUCGCUCGCGGUGCCCGUCUUCCAGCACAUCCACCGACGGCUGUGCCGCCUGGCGCCGCCCCUCGGGGCGGGGCUUCCCCCGGAUGGGGAGUGGCGCAAGGAUUGCGCGCGGCCCCUGGUCGAGGCGGGCAGCGGCCAGGACGCUGGCUGGUGGCAGGUCUACAUCGACGACUUCGAUGCGCCGGAGAUCGUCGAGGAGGUUCUGGCCCGCAAGCUCGCGGGGACCCCGAGCGACCUCCAGCUGCGGGUCCGCGCCAGCUACGAGAGGGCGAGCGUCUCCUUCUCGGCCGAGAAGGCGCACUGCAGGCAGCUGAGGGUGGAGCGCAUGGGCGCGGACGUCGGCGGCGUCAGCGGGCGCCUCGCGGUCCCCGCCUCCAAGGCGCUGGCCACCGCGGGCCUCUGCUUGGCCGCGGUGCAGCGGCGCCUGAUCCCGUGGCGCGUUGCCAUGGCGGUCCUCGGCAAGCUCGUGAGGGCCUUCGAGUUCAGGCGGCCGCUCUUCGGGGUCCUGAACUCCGUCUGGACGCUGGCUGCGUCCUCAGCGCAGGGGGCUUUCCUGGACGCGGAGAUGGUGGAGGAGCUCUUCAUGGGCGUGAUGGUCCUGCCGCUGGCCGCCUCCUCGCUGCGAACGCGCGUCGACGGCAUGGUCACGUCCUCGGACGCGUCGGAGAUGGGCGGCGGCGCGUGCACGUCAGCCGGCCUGCGCGAGGACGUCGCCGCCGCCUUGCAGGUGCCGAGGACGGUCCCCGACCAGCUGGGGAUAGGGGCCAGGCUCCUCAACAUGCCCGAGGACCCCGCCCGACCGUGGGCGGCAGCCAACCCACGCGUCCCCGCCAGGGCGGUCCGCAGGGCGUUGUCGGUGCUGCUCAUCGGCCUGUUCGACGGCAUCGGAGGCCUCGCCGUCGCCUUCUCGAGGCUGCCCGUCCGCAUCGCGGCCUACGUCGCGGCCGAGACGGACGCCAAGGCGCGGCGCGUUGUCAGGCUCCGCUGGCCAGGUGUCAUCGACUGGGGCGACGUCACCCGCGUGAGCAGCGAGACGGUGCGGGACCUGUUCGAGGCGUUCGGCAGCCUCGUCGACCUGGUGGUGGUCGCUGCGGGCAGCCCCUGCCAGGACCUGUCACGCCCCAACGUCGGCGGGCGCGGCCUCAGCGGCAGGAAGUCCUCGCUGUUCCACGAGGUGCCGCGCAUCCUGGCUCUCCUCGCCGCCGUCUUCAGGGACAGGCUCGUUUGGUUCGUGGAGAACGUGGCCAGCAUGUCCGACGUCAACGUGGAGCUGAUCUCGGAGGCGCUGCAGGUGAGGCCGACGUUGGUGUGCUCGUCGGUGUUCGUGCCGUGCCGCAGGCCGCGCCUGUUCUGGACGAGCUGGGGCGUCACCGCAGCGGCGCCUCUUCAGCUGGCCGACCGCGGGGUCUACGACGAGCUGGUGGGCCCUGGCGUCCCGCUCAUGGACCUCGAGUGGGAGGACGAGGGCUGCUCUUGGCCGGGGAGGCCGAGGUGCUCCCCCACGCUCGUCUGCUGCAGGCCCCAGCCCUCCUUUCCCUCAGCCCCGCGUGGCUUCGCGGCUGCAUCGGAGGCGGCCCGUCAGAGGUGGGCUGCGGACGGGCACAGGUAUCAUGUGGCCUUGUACGAGGACAAAAACAUGAUCUGCACCUCCUCGUUCCCUUUCCUGCGCCUCCCCACCAGCGAGGAGAGGGAGCGCCUCCUUGGCUUCGAUGUGGGGUACACCUCCUUAGCCACCAAGGGCUCGAACCCUCAGGACGCCUCCGACGCCAGGGCCUUCCUCCUCGGCAACAGCUUCAGUGUUCAUGUCGUGGCAUGGUUGUGCCAGCAGCUCCUGCACCGCCGCGGCGCGCUGAACAGGGAGCUGUCGAUAGAGGAGUGCCGGGCGACGUGGGACCAGGCCGGGGCCUUCGUCACGGAGCCAGGGGAGCCGGACACCGCGGAGGCGAGGCAGCUGGUCUUGCACUACCUCAGCCGCGCGGAGAAGGGCGGCUCGGACGUCAGGCUGGACUACGGCGCCCCCUACUGCCCGCGGGGCUGGCCGAGGACGAGCCUGGACCCGUUCGUGUGGAAGUGGCGCGUGGUGGUCAGCAUGGCGUGGCCCGGCCGGAGCUCCACCCACAUAAACGUGAGAGAGUUGCAGGCGGCCACGUCGGCGAUCAGGUGGCGCGCCCGCAAGGUCGCGCAGCACGGGAGCAGGUUCCUGCACCUCGUCGACAGCCAGGUGGUCGCGGCCAUCGUGACGAAGGGCCGCAGCAGCAGCAGGAAGCUCCAGCCCAUCCUGAAGCGCUGGAUGGCCGUCGUCGUGGCGGCCGACAUGUACCCGCUGAUCGGCUACGUGGUCUCGGAGGACAACCCUGCGGACGAGCCGGUAUCGGCGGAGACGCGGCGGCGCUACGAGCGGGCCCUGCGGGCCCUGCUGGCCCACUUCGGUGCCGAGCAGGCGGGAGCGGACGUCUUGCGUGGCGACCCCGAGGACGCCGACGCCCUCGUCGCGGAGUGCCUCGAGGGCCUGUGGGCCUCCGGUGUGGGCAUCGCGGCCGCCAACAACACUCUGGCAGGGGUGUGCUUCGCGGCGCCUCGGCUGAGGCGACACCUUGACCUGAGCUGGACUCUCCUCAAGGCAUGGAGACAUCAUGAGCCAGCGUCCAGGGUGCUGCCACUCACGGCCGAGGCCGUCGCGGCCAUGGCGGGGUUCGCGUGCGCUGCAGGCGCGUUCGACGUGGCCGCCCUCCUUCUCGUCGCCUUCGAGGGCAUGCUCCGAGGCGCGGAGGUGUUUGCCCUGACGGUCGGCGACAUCGUCGACCGCGGCGAGCUGUUCGUGGUCCGGAUCAGCUCGUCCAAGACCACGGCAGGCAAGGACUGCGCGGAGGCGGUCGUCAUCCGCAGCAGGAUGGCCGUGGCGCUCCUGCGGAUCGCGGUCCGCGGCCUUGGCGCAGGCGCGCGGAUCUCGUGGAGGACGCCGUCCCAGCUGCGUGGUGCCCUCAGCGCCUUGGCGAGGGGCCUGGGCCUGGCGGGGCCCAUCACGCGGCACAGUUUCCGGCGUGGUGGGGCGAGCGCCUUCUUCGUCAGGAGCGGCUCCAUGGAGGCGACCCUCGUGGCGGGUCGGUGGGCCUCCUCGGCCACGGCGCGCCUGUACAUAGAGGGCGCGGUGGCCGACUCGGUGCGCGCCCAGCCCGGGAGCGAGGCAGCCCGCGCCGUUGCGCGAGGACUGCGGCUCCUGCAGCUGGCCACUGCAAAAGGCCACUGUAUCGCGCCCAACAGCGCUUGCCUAAAAUCGGGCGUUUAUCUUCGCUGCGGCGAAGAUAACCGCCCUCCCGCCGUGGGGCCGCGUGGCCCCCCUUUCUCGGGUCCUGGCUUUUCGGGUUCCCGGGGCCCGCCCGUUGUGUGGGGCGUUCUCUGUUUGGGGCCCACGCCCGUCUCACCUCCUCCGUGCGUCGUGUCACCUCCUCCCGUCGCCUCCUCCCGUCACCUCCUCCUCGAACGUGCCGACCUUUUCGGGGUCCAACGGCCGUGA